AUGCGCGCUGCUUUGAGAAAAGUGCUUCCCUGGAGCGACUCCAACAACUGCCUCGCUCCAGAUGCUAACACCGGUGUGCCGCCAGUGAACAUUGCUGACCCUUUCGGCCGCAGCGGCUCCCCAGAUCCGACUACCUUUGCCUUGUUCCCAUCGUCCAUGCAAGUGGCCUGCGCGACAUCGCCGGACGGCAAUGCCGCCUUCCUCACCCUGUCUGAAGGCUUGGUGGAGAUCUCGCGUUUCUAUGCCUUCCGCAACUUGGCCUUAAGUGAUCACUACGUCGCGCUGCAGAGGGUCAGUUCUGUUUCAACCGUCUGUGCCUGUGCCGUCCGGUGGUUGACACCGCCCAGAGGCUUCGAACUCAUGGCAUCCGUGCCUCGCACUUCACGAGGCGUACUGGUAAAGGCGAGUGCCAUCUGCGUCGGCGAGUCGAUUUUCCUAGGCGUUGACUACACUUUCAGCCAAUGCCAAGCGGCCUGCUCACAGCGGGACAGCUGUGAGUUCUUUCGAGUAGGGAUCGGCGACAGGUCUGGUGAAUGCAUCCAGGAAUCUACGAGCGACGGCUCGAUGCCCUGCCAGGAUUUCCUGCCAGACGAUUCAUUCAGUGUGUAUCGAGUGACUCCCACAGGAAACUGUUUUCGCUUCCUUCUGACGGAGGACGGAGCUCAACGGAGCGAUGUGGACUGCAGCCUCGAGCAGCGGUCUGCUCUGGAGCUUGGUCAGGGGUUUGCUGCUGACCCUGGCGUCAGCACCGUGGCGGUUUUCGGCCUCCGAGUAGGAGCUCCGGCCAUGGCCAUCGAGAAGCUUUACGUCGCCACUCUGGCUGUGCGGAAUCCCACGCAGACCCCAGAGCAGAGCGUGUGGACUUUGCAAAGCUUCUCCCAGACUUUGUUGAUCUCCGAGGCCCUCCUGGAGGAUGGAAGUGCAGAUGGCUUUGCUUUGCUCGCAGCUCUGGAUCGCUUGGAGCUGCAAGUCCUCCCAGAAGCAGAGAAGCACAAGGCGGGUGCUGAGGUCGAGCUGUCCUUCAUUUGGGCUCCUAGCGAGCCUGUCAUUCCUGCAAGUGAUGUCAUUGAGGUGCAGUUGCCAUCAUGGCUGCAGGUGUCUGCUGCGGUUUGUAGCUCCCUUGGGACGCCUCAAUCGGCAGACUACACGCUAACUGCGUGCUCGCUUCCUGGGCAAUCCACUCUGCAGUUCAGCAUAACUGGCCCGGCAGAGGCUUUGGCUCAGGCGCUAAACCGUCAGGCUGCACAGAUGCUGAGCCUGGCUGACUUGUCUGAGAGCUGGCGGCCGAAGGAGGCUCCCAGCUCACAGCUCCUGGCGCUAGUUCUGGGCCUUGGCAGUGCCUCGCUGUCUUUGGGUCUUUGUUCCGUGUUGCUGCCGCCCCUCAGUGCGCUGAGCGUUCCUGGCGGCUUCGCGACCAAGACUUUGGUCGGCUUCUGCGGGCUCUCGGGAUGCCUCGGCUUUUUGAUGGCGGAGACAGUCAUCCUGCGGAGUGCGGAAGAACUUUCCUGCCAAAGCCGCCAUCAAUUCAAUGCUAUCACACUUCAAGUCUUCGGCGCGCUCACUUUACUGCCAGUUUCUGCGCAUGUGGCGGCACAACAUUACCUGGCCAAGCUGGGAGUCCUUGCCGCCAACAUGUGGCUGAUGCGAUCUGCACAGUGCCUGAUGCUGGAGGUUGACAAGCAGAGCCAGAUCUUUGUCCGAUGCUGGGGCAAGCAUCGGGGACAGAGGACUGAAGAAAAAAGCUGUGUGGAUCGAUGCUCGGCAUUCCUGACUGGUGGCAAUGUUGCCAGCAACGCAGUGGUUGCGAAGACGGGCAGCCAGUCCUUCGCGAUGUUCUCUGCAGAUCACAGCCAUCAGCUUCUCACCUCUGCAACUCUGAGUGGAUCACAUCAUUGCGAGGGCUCUCGACUGGACUUCCACCUCGUGGCCACCAAUCCGGACGCAGCGGCUGUGGCCGCUGUCUCAUUUGCGACCGGUCACAUCUGCAGUUACCGGCGAGACUUUGCUAUCAGCGGCGGUCAUAUCCGCUUCGGGGUCGGAGGCAUCACUUGGACGCCUGAGCAAUGCUGCCAAAGGAAUCUAAAGAUACGCAACGUCCUUGCAGCAGAGCGGUUUUCGGAGGCUCAUGCAGUGCAGCUGGCCAUGCCGUUCCUACGCCUGGAGCUCGGGAGAUGUUUGAUUGCAGGCAUGCAACAAAGCCUGCCUCAGUUCGCGGUGGCAGGACACUUCCCCACGACACUCGAGGUCACAUUCCAAGUGGCAACUCCAGGCGCUGAUCAGGUUUGGAUCGAUACAUUGUCUGGGGGCAGCCCCAUGGAUUUUGCCAGCGUGCAAUGUACCAUGGCUGUCGACGGAGGAGCAGAUGCAGGUUCUUCCCCCGAGCUGUUUGGCCAGAUUUCUUGUUUCCCUGGAGGGCAGAUCGAAACUGAGAUAAGUGACAACCGUGUCACCCAGCAAGCCCAACUCCGUGCAGAAUUCGUGUCUACCUUCCUGCCGGAUCAGCGCUACACACUGAAGCUGGAACUCGUGCGCAUGGGUUUCCUGGCUGGCCCGGUGGUCGCGGCCGUGGCCACCAGCACUGCCAGCAGCAGCGCGGAUGCAUCGGACUUCUCGCAGGCCUUCUUGUUGGACCGAAGCUCGCUGGAGGACCAAGGAGACGAGCAGCUUUACUUGGCCGGACAAUUGGUUCUCCAAGCGCCUGGCUCCGGGUCUUUCGUUUCUCUGUCAGCGACUGCAGAGUUUGGGACCAGCUUGUUUUUGGCCGCAGACAGGGUCCACUACCUGACGCUAGGCUUUGCCUUGCAGGCUGCCUUGCCGAAGGGUGGCCGGCUCGUGUUAUACCCGGCUGCUGGUAUUGGCGUGGCAGCCGACGUGGUACUGGGAUUGGCGGCGACAAAUGUGCGAAUGUCUACUGCAUUGAAAGAUAUCGGAGGUGCGGAUGAUGUCUUUCAAAACAGCCAGAGGCUUAGCCUGCCAUCUCCCAGCUACACAGCGCGCCUGGACGUGGUGUUCCAGGCAUCCGGAGAAGUGAACGAGUCGCUGAUCGCGUUGCCAGCGGAGCAGCCUUUAUCGAUUCAGCUCAGAGUGCAGACCCGGUUUGUUGCUGCAGGCAGCGGAUGGCUGUUGCUGACCGCCCUACGAGAGGACUGGUCGGUGGACAGGCAAAGCGUCACCAACACCAACCUUGAGGUUUUGGGGCAGAACACCUGCAUACCACCAGCUCGAUUCAAUGGUCCAAAUAGGUCCUGGAGCCACUGCCGCGUUGGUCAGCAUGGGAUCAUGAGAGCAAUCGCGCUGAUUGUUCUUUGGAAUACCUCUCGGAUUCUGAGCUCAGCAUGGCUCACCGACGAGAACUGGCAGGAAGAGACUGCGGGGAAGGUUUUGCUGGUCAGAUUUGGGUCUGCUUGUCAUUGCACCGACGACGCCCCUGUGGACUGGACAGCCCUGAUCCUGCAGUAUUCAGGCCACUCGCGAUUGCUCGCUACGGACGUGAACUGUCGGCUUGCUCGAGACAUCUGCGGCCUGCUGAAUGUAACUAGCUUCCCGGCGAUCAUGUAUGGCAGCGCCUAUGGUUUGCGGCAGUAUGACGGCUCAGUCUCUGAGCUGUCCGACUUUGCCCAGGUCUUGAGUGCCACUUGCUCUCCUGAGCGACCCGACCUUUGUGCCACAGACCUGCAGAGACGGUUGCACGAGUUGGCGGGAUCGACCUUAGAGGAUUUGGAUUCACAGCUCAAAGACAACAAAGAGAAGCAGGAUGUCGUCACCAACGAUCUGCGGUUCGCCAUGGCGAAACUUCAGGCCGAUUUCGAGUCUGCACGCGCACAUCUGUCUCCGACGGAGCUGCCGCCUCUGAUACUUGGACGGGAAUCGUUGUUUCAGAAAGUGGCGAUGGCAGUCGUCUGCACUCUUUUUCUGCCAGUGCAUACGAAGAUGUACGAAGGUCACAGUCUUUGUCAGGCAGAGUGGGCCUCCAGGCACGCCGCCGCUGCAGAGGAAAGGCUGAUGAUGCAAAAGGCCGCUCGGACAGACCAGGUUGGGGGAAAAGCUGCCAUUGCUGUGCGGAUGUGCUGGGCCCGGGGUUGUUUCGGUAUCCAGCACCAGGCGCUCUGCGGAGCUCUUAACAUCUUUCUGCGAGAGGCUUUGAUCCAGGCUACCUUCCGAGUCACACCAGUCCUCGAUAUCCCCGCUGGCAGCUUCCUGCGCGUACGAGCUCCCAGUGGAUUUGUUUGGGCCGCGGACUGUGUCGAGGGCUCUGGCCCGGGAGGUCUCGUCGAGCCAGGACAGUGCUGGCGCGACUCAUCGGAGCCUUCAGCGACUCUCCUGGAAUUGCACAGUGCCAUGCAGGCAAAAGCUUCGUACGAGCUUCUUAUGCAGGUGCUCACACCAGCAAUGCUGCAGCCGCCCAACCUCUGGGAACUGGCAGCGCUGUCUCUCAUCACACAAGGGCCAGCACCAAUCACCACCACAUCCACUGUACCUCCGGGCUUGGUUGGAAGCCCGUCGGCUGUUAACCUCAGCGCCGAAGUCGUACGUGACCCUCGUGAGCGGCAUGCUGACGUGGUGCCUCAGCAGGUUAUCCGUUUGACAGGCUUCCAACUGUCAGGCCUCGAGGCGUGGUUGCAACCGCUGCGGCAGCCGGAAGUGAAUGGCCAGCUGAUGCUCCUCUCCUUUCGCCUGGCCCUCCUGCUCGACGAGCUUCGCCUGGCAACUCUGCCAUUGCCUCUUGUCCUCUCCGCACCCCAGGGCGUGACUGUCAGUUGCGCGUGGAGCGAGCAGGGCCAAGGAGGUGACGCGCUCAAUUACGGAAACAUCUCGGUGUCUUGGAGGCUCUUGGCUACUCAGCAGAGGUCGGCGCUGCUCAGCCGCUGCAGCCCACAAGAUGCCUCUGGGGAUUCAUCCCUUCUCUUGGAGCUCGAAGCGCCGCCAUCUUCAGGCAACGAGGCUCCGGGCGAAUGGCUGGCCUUGCCGAUAUCUGUGUCGUCGGCGCAGGAGACCUUUGCUUCAGAGCAGACUUGGAGCCUGCGCGUGGGCGAUGACCUCGCGGAGGUGCGAACGUUGCACACAUCACCGCGGAGGAUCGUUCAUCCUUCCUCACCACCUCGAGCGAGCUUGGCAGCAGCACUUGCAUGCACGGCCUUCUGUGCCGCUGUGGCUGGAGAGCACCAGGAGCUUCCUGCUGCUGCAGCGCUCGCUGUAGACAGAGGGUCUGGAAUCCGGGUGCAGCUGGCCCUUGCUUUGCCGAAGGCUCCACCUACACGUGCGUCCCGCCUCGUGGCGAGUCGUCUCGCAUCUGCUUUUCGACAAGGAGUUCGCAGCUCUGACUUCGCAGAUGCCGCAGAGGCAGCACUAGUUGACUUCGUGCGGAUCACCGCACCGGCACCGUUGCGAUGGCUGGACAACUGUCGAGUAACGAACACCUCGAUGAUCUCCUCAGCACGGUGGCGAUGUCUUUGCUACGGAAGUGAGGCCUAUGAGGAGAAGACUUUCAGCCAGCAGCUCGAGAUGUGUGUGCCGGAGAAGAGCCCCGGACCCUGGGCUGCAGUAAACCUUGGCGUUCUGACCUGGUCGAUUGCCGUGCUGGUACUUAUCUUUCUGGAUAGCAAUAAGCUGGAUGAGUUCCGAACUCAAAUGUAUUUGUUCUGGAGCUUCACAACGACUUUCGUGUGGGUGUUGGAGGUUGGACUCAGUGUUUGGCAUGUUGGAAAGGAGUCCUCCUUUAGAGAAGCUGCGGAGCUUGUCGUCGCAGCAUACCUGACAUACGUGACGGCAGUCGUCAUGUGGAAACACUGGUGUCGGCCUGACAAGCAAGUUGAAGGAGAGGUGCUCGACGUAGGGACUACUGUGGCCGCGUAUCUCUAUGCCUCAGAGGAGACGUGUCUGUUGACUUGGAAGCAGUGGCGCCCAGCACUCCGUUGUGCUGAAGCAGAAGAAGGGUUUGAGCGGCCUAAGGUCUACACUCUUGGCUACACCUCGGAGCCAGCCCUGCCACUCCGGGAAGUACUUCAGAUUCAAGGAGUGACCCUGGCAGAUUCUGCAGAAGCAGAAACGUCGGUGCGGUUGCCAUUCUCGUCAACGUGGGUCGCCUCCCUUUUCGAAGACGGCGCUUUGGUAUCUCAGCAACUCAUGGAAAACCAUGAAGGACAGGGAGUUCUGCAUUUGGUCAGCGCGCUACCUGAUGGUGAUGAGGCAAACGAGACGUUACAAGGUGAAGGCAACACAACAACCGCGCUCGAGGAUGGCACUGUCACACUGCCGGAGGAUGCCGUCGACCUCGAGGAGUGUGUAGAGCAAGAAGUGUCACAUUUCCCUUGUCCGGUCGGCAUGUUCGCACACGGUGUUCGUGUCGUGCGAUUGGGCGGAGCCGGCUCAUGGAUGGACAGUCUUCAGCUCCUUUGCAGCCAGGAGCUCGAUGUUGGCACCAACCACACACAGUGGCAGACCCUGGCUGGCACAACGGGUCUUGCGGGCAACCGGCAGAUCCUCAGUUUCACAGAUGCAGGGGAAAAUGCCGAGGUCGAAGUGCUUCGCUGUGACGAGCGCGCCUCUUCCCUGCUGGUGGGAGUGCGGCUCGCGCUCUGGCGUCGGCGCAAGGCAGCUGGCUUGGCGGCAGCCUGUGCCGCCUGGGCACAGGUAGAGCGGAUCAUCGCCUGGGAUUCAGAAGCUCACGAGGAACUGGAGCCUGAAGUGGCCUCGAUGGAGCUGGAGACCGGCGCCAAUUGCACGGGCCUUGUUCCCAUCAACGGCUCCGAGAGAUGGGCCAGCUGCCAGGGGAUGUCCAACCUCAAACCUUGCCCAGACCCGGAGAUGUGCUGCUGCAACGAAGAUUUCCAGUAUGUCGAGGCCUUGGGCUCGUGCGAGCCCUGCGCCGCUGGAGAGGCUUCCGAAAGACCGCGCAGACUCUGUCCACCUGGCACUGCAGUGAUCGGUUUCUAUGCCGGCAUCGCAUCCAGCGAGGGCAGUCGCCAUCAGGCUGUGGGGUCGGAUCUGCUGAUUUCUACCAUUUGCUCCAUUCGCGUGAGCUGCGGACCUUUGGAGGUUCGCCACUGGGCAGGGGACCCGAGCAUGAUCGGUUCCGUGGUGGUAGCGAGAUGGGACCCGCCGGUUCAGGAAGCUGGCGACCUGGAGCUGCCGGGCCUGGCGAACCUCGGGGAGCUCGAGUGGUGGCACUACGCGGCCGCAGGCGGAGCGCUUCUCCUCGUGUUGUACUGCAUUUACCGCUGCUGUCGCACUUCGCAGCCGACUGUCUACGGUGAUGUACAGACCGGGACGAAGUCAAGCUGGACCACAUUCAAAGGAGCUAUGAAGUUACCUUUUCAAGUUGUUUGGAGGUAUCUCCUGCGGCCGAGCGGCUCCCUUGUACUUCGGAUGUUGGAGCCGAUUUGGGUCCGUGUUCUGCGGCCACUCCUGCGGUGGAUGGCCGCGACCCGCGUGGCCAGGCUUCUGGCAGGAAUCGCUCGGCGGCUGUGGCGCGUGCUUACGUGUUGCUGCCCAUGCCUGAGACGUUUGGAGAAGAUGUCUUUGCGGGAGACGUUGAAAGCCGCCCGCGACCCUAUGGCUGCUAGCAAGACUACGCGUGCGCGGGUCGCCCGGCAGUGGGAACUGCGACGCCAGCUGAUGUCCGGCACUUUCGACGCACAGAAGGCGAAGGACGACUUGCUUGGCCAGCUGAAGCGCGGAGAGAUCGACGAGAAGGAGCUGGGAGCCCGCCAGCGUGAGAUUGAUGAGUUGCUUGCCAAGAGCCAGGCCAUGACGAGCAAGACUUCGCUGAAAGAUCGCGUGAAGAAUCUAAAAUCACAAGGCCCUGCAUUAAUGUCCUUGCUCCAAGCUGCUGCCAGCUCAUGGUCCGGAGCAAGAUGA